AUGCGUGUGGUAGGGCUUUCUGGUGGCAUCGCCACAGGGAAAAGCACUGUAUCGCGGGAGUUGGUAUCGAAUGGUGUAACAGUCAUAGAUUGUCCCUCCCUCUCCGGCGUCAUUAUAAUCCAGGGCAGCUGGGGAUGGCGCAGGGUCGUAGCAGCUUUUGGCACCGAGGUUCUGGGUCCUGACGGUGAAUUAGACCGCGAGCGCCUUGGCUGCAUGGUGUUCAACGACCCAGCUGCGAGGCGCCGCCUAAAUGCUGCUACACACCUGCCCGUUGCCCUCGCCUUGGCGCGGCGCCUCCUCUUAUGCUGGCUUACAUGCAAGCUGUUGGUGGUCGUGGACAUGCCGCUGCUAUUUGAGACGAAGAUGUACAGGUUGACGCGGCCCAAUGUCUUGGUGGCGUGCAACGACCAGCAGCAGAUGGAACGGUUGCUGCUAAGAGACGGUGGCAGUACACAGCGUGCGCAAGCACGUAUCGUGGCACAACUGCCAAUGGAUGAGAAGCGGCGCCUUGCUGAUAUAAUCGUUGAGAAUGACGGGACAUUGGAGGACUUGAAGGAGGAGGUGAGGAAAUGCAGAACCCGUUUCUUGCGCGCAAGGUUAACUAUGUAA